AUAUGGCUAUGACCAAAACGUUAUUCGUAUUGUUCUUAUCGAUCAUAUUCUUCUCCUCGAGGCUUAGAUUUUCGUUGGCUGCGGACAAGAACUCGUUGGCUGCGUCUUUUGUCUUCGGGGACUCUCUGGUGGAUGCAGGGAACAACAAUUACUUGCAGACACUUUCAAGGGCCAAUUUGCCUCCAAACGGUAUCGAUUUCAAGGCCUCCGGCGGAAAUCCCACCGGCCGCUUCACCAACGGCCGUACCAUUGCCGAUAUCGUAGGGGAGGAACUAGGGCAGCCAAAUUAUGCUGUUCCAUAUUUGGCCCCAAAUGCAAGUGGUGAAGCUAUUUUAAAUGGUGUGAAUUAUGCUUCUGGGGCUGGUGGAAUAUUGAACGCCACCGGGAGUGUCUUUGUGAACAGGGUGGGGAUGGAUAUACAGGUGGACUACUUUGGAAUAACGAGAAAGCAAUUGGACCGACUGUUGGGCCCAGAAAAGGCCACAGAUUACGUAAGGAAGAGAUCCAUUUUCUCCAUAGUCAUUGGAGCCAACGACUUCCUAAACAAUUACCUCGUCCCCUUUGUCGCCGCUCAAGCCCGUUUGACCCAACCCCCCGACGCCUUCGUCGACUCCAUGAUCUCUCACCUCCGCGACCAGCUCACGAGAUUGUACAAUUUGGAUGCUCGGAAAUUCGUGGUGGGAAACGUGGGUCCGAUCGGUUGUAUACCGUACCAAAAGGUGAUAAGCCAAUUGAAGGAGAACGAGUGCGUGGAUUUGGCUAAUAAGCUCGCUCUCCGGUACAAUUCUCGGCUCAAGGAUCUCUUGCUAGUUGAGAUGAAAAACAAAUUUAACGACGCCAACUUCGUAUACGCCAACGUAUACGAUCUCGUCAUGGAACUCAUCGUCAACUACAAAGACUACGGGUUUGAGACGGCGAGUGAGGCGUGCUGUGCGAACGGAGGAGGGAGGAUCGUGGGGAUAUUACCGUGUGGGCCCACGUCGAAUCUGUGCGUUGACCGGUCAAAGCACGUAUUUUGGGACGCAUACCAUCCCAGCGAGGCAGCUAACCUCUUCAUCGCCAAACAACUCCUCCACGGCGAUUCCACUUACAUUUCCCCUUUCAAUCUCUUCCGCCUUCGCGAUCUCUGAUUCGUUCUUUCCUUUCUCUCUUUUUAAAUCUUGCUUAUGCCCUGUUUGUUUCUGUGUUCAAUUGUCCUUUUUUUUUUCUUUGUAUUGAUUGAGCAAAGUUUAUUCGAUUUCUUAUGGUUUAAUAUGAUAUAAUGACCAUAACAUUGAAAUUUUUUAAUGCUAUGGUUAGAGAUUUCAGCGGUGUAGUGCAAUAGGGUUCGA